AUGCCCAAGGACUACACCACCAAGAGCUCUGGCACCAACAGCCAGGGCAACCAUUAUUGCGCUCGAGACUACGGUUCUAGUGCCUCUAACUCGAACUCUUAUCAUUACUCCAACACAGAUGGCUCCUACUAUUACUCCAACCCCAAUGGAAGCACGUACUACAACGAUGGUCAAGGUAGCUCAACCUACACGUCUCCCAGUGGCUACACUCACUCGUCCGACUCUGGCAAGAAAUAA